GGUCCCGGCGAGGACGCAGGACUGAGCAGAUGCGUGACGUUGAAGCGGGGGCUCGCUGGCUCCCGAGGCUAAGAUGCUACACUUACACACCUUAUAACACUAGAUACACUCGCUAAAAUUACCUGCUGGAGUCCAGUGUGGGCAGCCCGGAGGAGGACCGCUUGUAAUAACACCGCCGGCAGCGUGCCACCCAUAAUUUCGUUGAUUCCCGAGAUGUGUGUUUGUGUGGCGCUCGACGCGUCGCGCCCUCCCGGCCCAUAUCCAAGAUGGCGGCGCGGCCCGUAUUGGCUGGCUUCACCGCCUAGUUCUGCGAUUGGUCCACAGAUGGCGAUAGUGUUUUGAGUGUAGUCGCGCUCUCCCUCCCGGCCUUAUCGCGCUAAUAAUGAAGGUCCGACCAAGGCGAGCGCUUAUUGGUUCUCCGGGCUCCCUUACCUACUGAUUGGGCAGACUUGUUUACCGCUCGGGGUUCUCGUGCCUGGUGUCUAAUUCAGAAAAGGAUUCAUUUGCCAUCACAGGUAGUCGAGGCUGGUGUGUACACAGUUGUUACUAAGUAGUUACCACUGGGAAGAAUUAUGUGAACAAUGAGUUCAAAUUAUAUUGAUAGUAUUCUGCCCAAGUACCAGGCGGAGUCGGCCGCGGCUAACCUGGUAAACUACAAUACGCAAGCUAGAAGUAUGUAUCCCUACGUGAGUGUCACUUCACAUCAGCUGUCCAGCAACGCCGCCAGCAACAUGUCGCCCUUCAGCGCUAUGACAGCCACCACAGACGGGGACAAGCAAUGCCGCUACUCCCAGACCGGAGCCACGGAUAUGUCCCAGUAUGGCCUCAAUCUGCAGAACUGUGCCACUACUAGCAAUAUGGCCCAGUACUUCCACCAGAACAACGUCACUAACCCACUCAACUCCUGUAGUCAGCCAACCCCGACGCCUCAUAUUCCUGACAUCCCUCGGUACCCGUGGAUGUCCAUCACAGGUCUCUGGGAGUCAGGGGCGUCAUCUUCAGAAAACCAAUGGCGGGGUCUGACAGCCAAUUGGAACGGCCUGCCAUGGAGUCCAAACGGCUGCCCCCGUCGACGAGGGAGGCAGACCUACACGCGUUUCCAGACACUGGAGCUGGAGAAGGAAUUUCACUUCAACCAUUACCUUACCCGACGACGGAGGAUAGAGAUCGCCCACGCCCUAUGCUUAACAGAGAGACAGGUGAAAAUCUGGUUCCAAAACCGACGCAUGAAGCUGAAGAAGGAGCUGCGAGCGGUGAAGGAAAUCAACGAGCAGGUGCGGCGGGAACGAGAAGAGCAGGAUAAACUCAAGCAGCAACAGGAUGACAAGAAGACUAACAAGGAGCAACAGCCGUCAACAGGCAGCAGCCAGCCAGCUUCAGCCUCCAACGCUUCCUCCUCGUCAUCGUCUUCGUCUACGGGAGGCGGCACCGGAGACACCAAAGCUGCGACUUAACGUUAUGGUGUUUGCUCCCCACAAGGGCGUGCUGCUGCUGCUUAUUUAAACAAAAAUCUCCACUUCACGCCCACCACAAUCAAUGACAUGCACGCCCAACCAACCACUCUCACGUCCACACCUCCAGUAGAAGCUCCGCCCACCAUCCCCGACCCUCAGGCGCUUCACCUCGAUGACAACCUCGUUACCUUACUCGACUACCACUUAGAUAUGUGAAGUGUAGUCCUAAAUUAGGAUUUAUCUUGCCUUAGUGUUGAUAAACAUAGAAGACCAAAUUGGUCAUAUGAUUGGCCAGUCAAACAAAACAGUUUCAUUUGUGCUGAAAUUUGAACUCUGGAACCAAAGCUCCUCUAUUUCGCUGGCGGAUGGUUGCCACAGAGAAUUAUAAAUGCAAACCUUCACCUCAUCUGGGCAACCUUACGCCACGUAGUGCUGGUUCCAGGCUUCUUCGACCCCUAGAGACAGCGCGUUGAGGUGCGGGGUGUGGACAUGAACAGAGGGCACUUCAGGAGCUGGGCCACCAGGUUUCUCGUGUGCUCGACUCACCGCGGAGCUCCUAUAAACCUCCACCACCAACUUCUACAGUGAACGCAGAUGUUACUUUUUCCUAAAGCAAAAUAUCACAACAACACCUGAUAAACAGUUCCAGAAAACAAUAGACAGCCACCAGCUGCAAUGCAGUAUGAGAUCCCCUUAGUAUAGGAUAUGCCAGACAUUGCGAUCUAAGGAAACUGUUGCUUCAGCUUCCCUGUGUAACAAUUCCUCCAGCUCAAAACUGGUAUUCCGAGAAGUAAAUAGACAAAACAGACUCUAAAACUCUCUCCUCCUCCAGAACUUGACCCCGAAAAACCUUCAUAACACACACAGCUCUACGACACAUUCUCAUGGAGUACUCCAGGGCAGUUGGAAACACAAAUCUUUAAUUUCCACUUAAUUUUUUGCUGAGACGCUCCAAAUUGUGAACGUCUGUAUCCAAGUAUUUUUUAAACUUUGAGGGGGGCUUUGUUGUCGAGACACAGGCACAGGUCCCCUUAAAAGAGAGAAAAGGGAAAAUGAAACUGAUUUUUUGAUCCAGAAUGUGGUCCAAGAAGCCUUAAAGUACUCGAUGUAGAAUGCGUGAGGCAAAAAACUGACUACGAUAGAGGAAGAUUCAUGCGCUUCGUGUAUGAAUUAGUGAAUGAUUUGUUGAGAGCCUAACUAGAAUUGUUAUAUCGUAAGAGUAUUGUACAAGACACCAAUGACCACUUUUCUUAACUAACAAGUAUGGUCCCUGAGUCCCGAUGCUAGAUGGAUAAUGAUAUGAUGUUCCCCAUCCCCUUCAUUAUUUUUUAAGUAAUUCCAUGUUAGCUAAAUGUUAUUUUAAUCGGAAUAGUUAUGUUUCUCUUUGUAAAUUAGAUAUUAACCAAGGAUUCCAGCUUUAAGUUCCUGAAAAGAUAAAAUGCUGUAGUUUUUUUCGACUUGUUUGACGGAUUAAGAAGACUGUAGUGCAGUGGCUGAGUGUUGUUACAUUGUAAAUGGAUUAUAUUUAUUUCUAUUAAUUGUUAUGUUUGUCUUGAGAAUCGAUAUAGGGUUGACUGCCACGCCAGGUAUAGCUGGGUGGUGUACAUGUAACCUUGUUCGUUGUGUACAUGUGGCCCCCCAAAGAUGCCAUGGCUCAGUACAAAGAAGGAGAAUUUGUAUUGAAACUCUCUGUCAAUCAUGUAGCUGUUCCUACUGUUAACAAUUGUUAUUCUUUGCUGACGAAAAGUGAAUUGGAUUUUAGUUGAAAACUCCCCAACUCAAGGCGUCUUGUGUACAGCAGAGAGUUUCAAUAGGUACGACAACGUAUGUGGAAGUGUUAGUGCAAUAGCCGAUAUGCUAAAUUAGAGCUUUAAAGGUGGAUAAAUAUUAUUUUGGAAGCUAUGAAUUUCUAGGCUUAGAAAAAGUUAGAAGAGCGGGUUGUUAAAAUCCGUUCUCGGAUACCUCUCUCCUCCGAAUUAUCUUAAUUGUAAUAAUGUGUGUGCAUAAUAACUGUUUACCUAAGGCCAAGGAGUGUGCAUAAUUACUGUGACACAGAAGGAAGCGGUGACAUUUGCCGAGACCUUUGGAAAGGCGACAAUGGGAUCACUGGCAUUUCACCAGGUCACUUUCUCGUCUCUUUAAGGGUUCCGGACUGCUCAACUGCUCUUUCUUGUCAGCCAGAAGGCCAGGGUCUUUUGUGUAGUGUGUAAGGAGUUGACUCUGCAGUGUCCUGGCUUUCUGUUACUUUAAAAUUCCUAUAAAAACAGAAAAAAUACAGUAACUGAAAAGUUAAACAAAUCAACAGAUAACAAGUUUGAGAGAGUCAGGGGACUGAGCAGAUUCAAUAAUGAGUUGAUAUGGGAUAAGAUCUCACGUGGUAAACAGUGGACAUGGUUUCAUGGUAGAUAUUUUGAUUACUUUAAUCUUAUGUUAUCAUAGUUUGUAUUUUGGCAUUUUUUUUUAGGUCCUGUUUGGCAGUUCGUCUUUGCUUUCAUUAGGGAUCAUUCUCCUUCGUUUCUUUCACCAUCUGUGAGACAUGUCCAGCUGUUGUAUAAUUUAUAAUGUAUUUAGGUAUUGUUAUGCAAAAAAAUUAUGACCAUAUGUUGAUAAUUAUAAGUUUUUGAAUGGAUGAAGUGAUGAAAUUGUCUUUUUUCGUAUAAAUGGUAAUGGUUAUGUUUACUGCUGAACUUGACAAAGUAACCAUCGAGACUAAUCUUGUCUCAUAUUCUUACUAGAGAAACUCAAAAGUGCUGUCAUUGUAAAUCAAUUUUUGAUAACAGGGAGUUUAAUGUAUGCACGUGUGUCGAGUAUUGGUGCCUGAGAAUCGUCUGGUUAGGAACAAAAGUUCUUUAGGCGUUUAGAAAUCUUACAGGUUGUAACCUCAUGAUUUCCAAAAUUUAUGCAUUAGAUAAAAGAUUCUCAGUUGUUCAGAAUUUAAAAUACAAACAAAACUUUACUUGCAAGUUCUGCUCUCUCCCGUGACGAUCAUGGAGCUUAAAUAAACUCCUUGUUCUUGUGUUCAGUAUUCCACAAAAAUAAAAUAAAAUUGUAAGACUGACUGAAUUCUUAAAAACUCCAUUGAGACCGCCUAGAGCAUGUGACUCGUACAUUUAGCGGGACUCGCAUGAUCGCAGACCCCAAUUAACUCGUGAGAUAUAGGGCAUCGAACGCCACACAUCAGUGCUUCUUAUUCUCCUGUCGGGAACAGGAACAGAACUAUUUCUCAAUGGUCGCACACAGGACUCGGUUAACCUUUCUUCGGUGGAGCGUGGGGCAUGACGUCACGGUAGUGUUAUGGCAAUAUAUAUAUAUAUAUAUAUAUUUUUUUUUUCUCUUUCCUACUGAUCUAUCUGCUACGACGGUCACUUUUCCUCUCACGACUUGUACUCGUGUUUACUCUUGCCAGCACUCCUACUUCUUAUAAACUCUUUGAGGUUAUUGUUGACCUGCAGGAUACGCAAAUGGGUUGCUUAGUGUACAUUUAAAUGGAAUUUUUGGCACGUUCAAAUGAAAGCUCUCCAUGGGAGUUCCAGUAUUGAUUGCCUUCCCUCUGGAGACUCAUUCUUCAAGUGAGGUGCUGUGAUUAAUGUUGUUUAUUUGUGAAUUCAGUAUUGUAUGGAAGAUGUUGCUGACCGAUGUUGAACACCUUCCCUGAAGUGAGGUUUAUAGUCUCACUGUUGCUGAUGUUUCUUCGUGAGGGAGAUGUAUCUUACUACUGCUUCUGAAGAAAGAGUGACCUCUAACAACUAUUCUUUUAGGAGAUCAUCUCUUGAUGGUCAUAUUCAAUGGAACGUUUAUCUAUAUGACUGUUGUUCUUUACAAAACAGCUUUUUGUAGAUAGACGUUCUUAAAGCGAUCAUGAGACAGUAGUGUGGGGUCGACAUUUCCGUGUGAGCUAGUUGCUUCAUGAGGACUGUUCUUCAUAACACUAACAUCACAACGGAAGUUUUCGUGAUUUACUUGCAUCAUGACAGGUUAUGAAAAGCACCUCAGGUAGUGUCUUCCUCACGAUGCAGCACAUUUAACGCGUGUACCUAGAGGAAAAUCUUCCAACUACUGACAAUGACUAUGAAGAGACCCUGAGCUGUACGUCUUAAGAUACUUGUAAUUUGGAGAAACAGAGGGAUUUUUCUAACUGUGUUUCAAGUCAUGAAAAUUUCAAUUCCUUCUAUCUUAAGUAAUGGAAGCAUUCUUUUAUGCUCUCGAUAAAUAAGAAAUUCCAAACAUUCAUUCCCUCUGGAAGGACAGGCGAUGGUCCUUUUAGUUUCUCAUUGACUAAGGGAAGUCUUGGCACGUAUUAGCUGUUGGUCUCAGUACCACAGCACAUAUACACUCACCACAGAGUGUUAUGUGCCUCUACCACUACGACUAUUAUUGCUGUUGCUGUUAUUUCUGACAAGAGGCUUGAAUGGCACUUGUACCAGAGACAGAUAAACAGAUCAGUUUGGUGAGGUUCAGCCUCCCAGAAAUGACUUAUAUUCUCUACUUGUGACUCACGUGAAUCGCUAUCCUAAUCAUUAAGUGUCACUGUACUUGAUCAAGUACAGUGACCUACAGUGUCAUACGAGUUACUCUUAUGAACUCGAAUUAUUUCACGAAUUUUCAGUGAUUCACGAAUCCUAAGAAGUGUUUCAUGGACACAACGUUCUUCACAGACUUUCAGUCUUUUAUGAACAUCAAGUGUUCCAUGAACACUAUAUGCUUUGUGAAUACUAGCUGCUUCAUGAACUCCAAGUGCUUCAUGAUCACUUAUAUGUUUCAUGAACACUAAGUGCUCCAUGAACACAAACACUUGCCAGAAUACGUAUAUCUCAGACUGUGGAAGCAAAACUAAAAAGAAUGGUUGCAAAACUUAGGAAUGGUGUGUAGCAAAGGCCGAGGACACACAGAAUUAGACACAAAAUAAAAUAUAUACACGUUUUCGAAAACCGUGCACACGUAACCCUGGAAAAAAGUGCUGUGUACUGAUGUAUCCACCAUGAUGUCAGUGUUCUACAAAAAAGUGUAUCCAUAGAUGUUUAAAAUUGUAAGUAAUUUUAUAAAUGUCCUUUGUGAACUUUUCAGUAACAGAUACGUGUAGGAAUUUCCGUUGGUCUUUCUCUCUCUGUCUCUGUAAUCUCUCAAUCUCUUUCUCCCAUUUCUUUCUGUCUCUCUCUCUCUCUACCUCUAUCUCUAUCUCUCCAUGUGUGUUUUCAAUGGCUAUGCGUAAGCUAGGCUAAUGUAAAAAAAAGGGAAAUAAUGGACCUUUUAUUCAUCGUAUGUUAUGCCAAAUAAUUUGUACUUACAUGCGGCUGACUGCACAAUGUGUUUUUAGUAGGACCAUGUAUAAAAAUACUGCACUGACAAUACUCCUUGUAAAAAGUCUAAGAUUUUCUAAUGUUCGCUUAAUAGUUCAUGUAGCUGACUCUCCUUCCCUCAGCUUGGAGCAAGUAGAGGUCUUCAAUACGUGACAGAUGUGAAGCUAUUUUGAGCCUUAUGCAGUCCUGAUAUAAUGGUCCCCUUAGGUAAAGCUCAGGGAAGCUCGUCUCGUCACUGAUAGAUGUUUUCAGCUUUACUCUGUAAGCUGUUGACUCAUUGACAUCCGUGGAUGAUUUUUGUGCACUCCAUAAGCUCUUUAGGUGUUGUUCACUAAUUUAAAAGAAGGGGCAGUCAGAGAUUUUUUUUUAAUUUUUUUUUGGCAGAUGAUAACACAACAAACAAAAUCCAGAUGUUUCAGUUUAAGAGCCUGUAGCAGAAACAUUAAAUAAAAAGCGUUCCCCGAGUCCGCAGGGAUUCGAUUUUUUUGAAAGAAAACUGAACACAAAUGGCAAUAGCGUUGCUCACUUAACAAUCAUUUUGGCUGAAAGCGUAUCAGCCAAUUAGAUUAAAAAAAUGAAAAACAUAAUGUCUUUGUUAUAGAAUGCGUGUACAUUGUUUCAUCUUUAUUAUUGUAUUGUAAUAAGCAACAUAUUGUUACAUGCGUACAAAACCACAGAACAGGCUAGGACACAUUUUUCAUUAUUAUUAUUUAAGCGCAUCCCAGUGUUAUACAUACUAGGUGUAAAUAGAAUCUAAAUGUCCUGUCCGUGUUGGUCGGCUGGGAGGCGAAGACCUAGGGACUACGAAUGGGGCGAGUCGGCACAGGAGGGUCAUCGACGAGGCCAGGAACCUACCACGGGAGGGAGGGAAGGAUGGUAAGACGGGGAAGUUCAAGCUUGGGGUGAGGGAGAUGUCUAGGGUUUAUCAGGGUAUUUAACAGAGGUUUUUAAUAAGUUUUAUUAGGUUGCAGAGGGUUUUAGUAUAGCUCAGCUGCUGGACUUCCGGUUCGGAUCCAUAAUCGGUAGGGGUCACGCGACACAGCUCCUCCAUUAGCUGUGAUGGAGUGACUCAACAUGGUGUUUGUUCCGUUUUCUCUCUUCUUCUUUUGUUUCUCGUCUUACCGGCAACACGAGCCAUAUCUACAUAGUAACUGCUCAAGCCAGCUUAAAAAAGACUAGCUUUGCCACUAUCACAUUGCAGCGAUCACAUUCCCAUAUAUAAAUAAAAUCACAAAAUGUUCAACCUAAUUCACUGUUGGGUUCCCCGCCUCGACGCCCCCGACCAAAGACUCUCCCCCUCGUACCUCGCCCUGGGUCUCCGUCUACCACCUUCGACUGCUGUGCUUGUAGGGUUACCCGGGUCAGGGAUGUUGUGAUGGCUUACAUACCUAGGGAGCCGCUGGUCAUCUACAUCACAUGUAAGAUAAGAUCUUAAACGCAAUACAUUCAAUACCUCGUAGUUAAUAUGUCUUUUUUUUUUCUCUUCCUGAGAAAGUGGUGAAGAACUUAAAUGUCUUCACCCCACACCUUAGGGGAAAACACUGCAUUAUUCCCAGUGGUGUGGAACGGUCCUAUAAGUGGCUAUCAGUGGAAAAAGGGUACCAUAAUCAACCUCACAGUUAGAUCAAUAUAAGCUUCCUAGUGACCAAGCUACCACUGCCUUGCUGACCCCUUCCUCAGACGCGUCUUGUGGUGCAAAACCAGAUAUUAGAGAAACAAAUGGACCAGGGGCAAAGGUUAUACGAAACUGUUUGGCUGCAGAGCUCUACUUCAGGGGCUGUUCGUCUAACACUUUUGAUAUAAUACCAACUUUAUGGGACAAACAUGCUCUCAGUGUUCAUAUAAUUGCACAAUUUCCCUGAUGGGUAAUAGUAUGUAAAAAAUAUUCCUAUCUAAUGCUUGAGUUUGUACAACCAAAUGCGUCUUUUCCGUGUCUGUAGGUGUGCCCUUCUUGACCUCAAACGUUUUACACAAACAAGGCAGCUCUGAGCUCUACUGAAAACGUUGAGAAUUAUUUUCUACUUUCAGCUGAUGGACCACUUUUUCUUCUCCCCCAAAUGCGCGUUAGUACUACCUAAAAUGUAAUUAUAGUGCGUUAGAUAUGGCUUUUUUUUUCAUUCUCUCCUUUAUAAUAAUUUUUCAUCAUUGUUGCAAGUAUUGUUUUCCAGUGGCCCACAACAAGAUAAUAUUUCUCUUUUAAGUAAGCAUAUGUUUGUCCAGAAGGGUUGAAUCAUGUACAGAUAUGAUUAUUGUUUCAAGAAUACUGUUUGGAACAUUGAGGGGUCCUCUUUAAGCCUCUUAUGUCAAGUGGAAUAAUGUACAUUGUAGUCACCAAAACUAAUAAACAUAGAAUGCCA